GUGACGUACAUGAGUCUCGUUUGCGUCAAUAAUGCUGCGGCUGGCAAGAGUGCGGUGCUUGCGGCCGACGGCGACGCGCCAUGCGUCGUAUCUACUGGGAAUCGAAACCAGUUGCGACGACACAGCGGCAGCGGUGCUAGACCAGGACGGACGUGUGCUGAGCAACGUCAUUUCGUCGCAGUGGGAGCUCAACGCCAAGUGGAGAGGGAUCGUUCCGGCGCUUGCUGCGCGAGCGCACGAGGAAAACCUUCCGCAUGUGAUCAACGCUGCCAUUGAGCAGAGUGGACUGGAAAGUCUGCAGCAGUUGUCGGCAGUUGCAGUGACUUCCGGUCCGGGACUUGCUCCAUGUCUGGAUGUGGGGCUGCGGACGGCUCGCCAGAUUUGCCUUGACAACCCGGACAUCGCGUUCCUGCAGAUCAAUCACCUGGAGGCCCACGUCCUAGUGUCACGGUUGCCACAACUUGAAACCCCGCGACCAGAGUUUCCUUUCGUCGUGCUGCUAGUGUCUGGGGGUCACUGUUGCCUUGUGCUAGCCAAAAGUCUGGGAGACUAUGAGCUGUUGGGCAAUACGCUCGACGACUCCAUUGGCGAAGCCUACGAUAAGGUGGCUCGAAUGCUGGACAUUACUGCCUCAGGCGGCAAGGGAGUCCAUGGAGGCAAAUUGAUUGAGGACAUGGCUGCGCGCGGCGACGAUCGUGCUUUCCCAUUCACUGAGCCUAUGAAGCAUCGAAAGGACUGUGACUUCUCUUACUCCGGAAUCAAAACUGCUAUGCUUCGAGAGGUUAAGAAGGUGGGAGGGACUACCGUGAUGUUUCAUUUUUUUUUUCAGCACUAAUCGUCAUCUCCAUAGCUUGGCGAAUUAGACGAAAAGAUGAAGGAGGACUUGUGUGCUUCUUUCCAGCGAAAAGCAGUAGACCAGUUGAUAACUCGAACGCGACGAGCGUGUCAAUGGAGCAAAGACCGCUUGGGGGAUCAUAUCACCAGCCUCGUUGUAUGCGGCGGUGUGGCAUCCAAUCAGUAUCUCCGAGGUCGCAUGCAGACAGCAGCAGAAGAAGAAGGGGUGGUAGCCGUAUUUCCGCCGGCCAAAUACUGCACUGACAAUGGCGUCAUGAUUGCUUGGGCAGGGCUCGAGCGAUACGCAAAGGGUAUGCGUAGCGACCCCGAGUGUGCACGAUAUCAGCCUCGAUGGCCACUUGAAACACUGCAACCACUUUAGCGUCGGUGGAUUUCGCAGAUAGUAGAAUGAAAUAGACGUAUGUUUGGAAAACCUG